AUGUUCUCCCACCUUACAGGAAAGGGCACAGUAUCGGUUCAUCCCAGCAGUAUGCUGUCUCAACAAGUCAAUAAUCGGAUUGAACGGUCACCAGGUUUCCGCUGUGUUCUAGAAUCGGCGUCAUCGGGCUGCAGCGGCGGUGCAAGCCCGAACUUGGACGCGGGCCGGGACGCUACCGGGGCAAAACGCUCAGUCCCUUCUCCGCCAGCCCUGCCUUCCAGCUCACGUGCGGGAGGUCAACAAAUGCAGCAGUUUGUGGCUUAUGGGAUGCGGCGGGGUGCUUUAAAUGACAACCAACAGCUGUUACUGGCCGCGCAACAUCACCACCAGCCGCAGCAACUUCAAUUCCUGCAGCAGCAGGCCAACACACAGCGUGUCAAUGAAGGACGUAUGGAUGGCGCUUUGGCAACCGGAUCUGCAAUGGGAGCACCGAGUUUGACGGCUUGCAAGCAAAGCUCCUCCAGCUCGUUCAACGGCAGUCCGAUUACGAACGCUGCCAUGGAGACGCGCGAGGAUCCCGCGCUUCCGUCCACGCGCGCAUCCGACACGGGUAUGCCAGCCAACAGGGUGCUUCGCUUCAUGCAUCACCAGGGUGGCCAGUACCAGCACCAGGAGCGUUGUCCGCAGCAGCAGCUGGGGCCCCAGGCUCCAGGGUAUCCUCACCAACCUGAUGAGGAGGUUGCCAGCCUGCAACAUGGUGGCCGCGUGCUGGCCCCUUUGCGCUUGGACAGCAGCGGUGAGGCGGGCGCGGCAACCGGGGCCGAGGGGCCCGGUGUCUUGGGGCCCGACACAGCAUGUCAACCAGCCGCCACCAGCAACGCGGCGGUCUCGGUCGGACAAGAUGUGCACCUGUGCCGGCCGAGCGCCAGCAGCCUUGGGCGCAUGAAUGGUCUAGGAGCAGCGUCCGCGGCUGUGGCAGUGAACGGCGGUGGGCUGCCGGGCAGGCCACCAUCGUUUGGCAGUCACGAUCCGACAGCGCUUGCGAGCGGCCCUCCUUCAGCGCAAAACGCACCGCAACGCGCCCUGCUGCAGCAACUGGAACAGCAUCAACAGCUGCAGCAACUGGAACAGCAUCAACAACUGCAGCAACAUUUCGCUAUCGCCGGUGCCGCAAUGUCUGGCGGAGUGACGACACGCUGUAGUCCAGGCGGUGUUGCCGACGCGGCUGCAGCGGCGUCGUUGGGUACCGGCAGUGGCGGCGGCAGCACCCCGGCUGCAUCGCCGCCGCUAGAACGGUCGAUUAGCGCUCCGCAGGCAGCUCUGGAGACCCAGAUCGCGGCUUCGAGGCUGCGGAAGCUGGAACAGAUGGGCAUCUCACCAUCUCAGGCCGUUCUGGCUGUUGCGUCGGGGAGCCGGCUUUCCGGAAUGCAUCAGCCGCAGCUGUCUUGCCGCACCACCCUUGGCUACGGGCACGCCGGGCCCGGACUGGGCAUGGAGGGGCCUGCGGGGGGCGUCGGCAGCGAUGCCGUGCAGGCCUUGAAGCGGAGCAAGGCGUAUGGCGCGCAUGAGCUCCUCACUCCUUCCGUCCGGGGCUUCAUGGCGCAGGGGCCGCAACCCCGGUUCGAUCCGGACGUGCUGCAGGCGCAACAGCAACACCAUUCCCAAGCCGGGCUGCUAAGCCGCUCUUUGCCCAACGACAUCCCCCCCAGUGCCAUGCUACCGGCGCCCAGCAGCGGCGGCUCCACCGGCUUCGCCCCUUUUGGCGCCGGUGGCGUGCUGCCCGUAAAUGGACCAGUACCCGGUAACAUGGACCUGCCGAUGCCUAUGUCGAUGCCGCAUCACCCCAGUGACAGCUUCACGAGGGCACCCGGCAUGGGAGGUUUUAUCCCUCUGGAUGGCCCAGGGCCCGGGCUGCUAGGGCCUGGGGCCGGCGGCAACGGCGGCAGCCAUGGCAUGGGUCCCAUGGGUCCCAUAGGCGGCAUGGGUAUGAUGGCUCAGGGAAUGGUGGCUGCAUGCGCGAUGGAAGGUCCGGACCUGGGGCCGCAGCUGGGCCAUGCAGGCGUUGAUAUGGGCACCACGGGCGAGGGCCCCGGCCAGUCGGGCGGAAGCUGCGGGGGUGGCAGCGGAAGCGGAAGCAUUCCGGGAGAUGGGCUGGGUCCACGCUGCUCCGAUGUGGCUAUGGACCUCGCUGAUCUGGGGCCGGAGCCGGACUUUUUGGCGGAUACGGAGCUGCAGAGCUUUAUCGCGGAACUGUGCGCGCCGGCACCGGGGCCGGGCGGCCAGCAAGACCCGUUGACGUCGCAGUCGGUCGGGAGCGCGGGCUUCAGGAUGGGCGCAGAAGGGGCUGCGGACUUGGCGAUGGCCACACACUUGCAGGUUGACGAGGAGGAUUCAGGUUUGGAGGUUUGGGCGCUGUGUAAUUUGUCGGAGUGGGAACCUCGUCUCAACGAUACCCUGAACGGUAAUCGACAGUCGGGGGAAAUGUCCCAGCUGCAGUUCUCUGUUCGGAUGGCGAUAUACUGCUAG